AAGUCCAAAUUCCCAUAUUUCUCAGUCAAAUAUCAAAUCCUCAAAUUUUCAAUUUCCUACAUGUUUUAUGUUCCGUAUUUAAAAGUUCAUUAGUAUGAAAUUUUUUCAAAGUCGAAUUGUAGGACUAUUUAUUCCACAUCGCUAUUUUAUCGAAGAAAACACAUUAUUACUCAUUUGCUUUCUUGAAGGUAACGCUGUACAAAAACAUUGUUAAUUGUUCGACUAAUGACAAUAGAAUCAUCCUAGCUAAAUGAGUCAUUAAUUGUAGCUUUAGCACGUAAAUAUUUACGCAGGUAAAUUGUUAUUGUUUGUCGGGUACCAAAAUGAGCCGUAUGAAUCAGACAUAAUUGUUAGGUCCAUUAGGGCAAGUGGUGGGGUCCUCUUCCCCUACAUUACCUGUUUCCGUAGUAAAGGUUAGGUACUCCGAAUUUCAAUUUUUGUACGGGGUUUUAAUUACAUGUCUACUUUAUAGAUAUGUUUGUAUUAUAAAUGAUAAUAGUUCUAUUCGUUUUGGUUACAUAAUUAGAUAUUAAUUUCUAAUAUCCACUUAUUCAAUACAAAAUGGUAUUGAAUGUUUUUAGGCGGGCUAUAACGUGUUAUCGUUAUCCAUUACUUAAUAAAACAGUGAGAUUUUAUGGUAUAUAUGAACCUCCAUAUUUAAAGAAAGUACAUGAGAUACCAGUAUAUCCAAUUUUAAAUAUACAACUUAGGGGAUAUGUGUACCCUGUAAUUGAAAAUUAUCAAUCUUAUAUUCAUAAACUUGCACGUGUUUUGAAUAUCACUGUUGAAGAUGGGUUUCCGUUUCCUCACAGAGAAUUUAAUGUAAAAAGAUUUAAACCAGGAGGUACAGUAAUUGACAGUGAAUAUGAUAUAAAAAUAUAUGAAAGGGAUAUACAAGUUUCAGAUGUUACAGCCACGAAUUGUCCUAUUUUUAUUAGAAUAUUAGAAGCAACUUUACCUGAAGGAGUUUCUAUAUGUAUAGAUAAGUAUGAUCCUAUGAUACAGAACAAAAGAAUUAUUCCAGAUAAGGAAUUACUUGAAUUGAAAUCUCAAUUAAAUGAGAUAAUGGAAAGUAGAGCACAAUAGAAUUUAAUUAUCUAUAGAAAAGAAGGUAUUUAAUAGUAAUAUAUGCAAUAACAAUUUAUUUUGAAAAUUAAUUUUUAU